UUUAUGCUCAUUAAAUGAUUCAUUCUUUUUUGUUGAAUAUAAAUCAAAGAAAACUUCGAUGAGUUAAAUUUGUUCAUGGCAAUCCAAUGAGAAUGAAGUCCAUCAAACCAACGGCUCUGAUAGUGUCAUGUAUUGCGCAUGCUCCACGCCCACCGGAUGCGGAAAGGUCCGUUGAGAAGUUAGCAAGCGCGCGUGGAGUUACUUCUUUGGCAUACCUGAUAGUGAGAGCAAAAACUGAUGAGGUUACUUUGAAAUACAUCACAAAAUAAAGCCACAUCCCCAUGCUCUGAGAUUCUUAUGCACCUCCUCAACAAUACAUGGUCAACAUGAUGGCCCAGCCCAUAAGACUGAGGAUCAUUCUCGGAGAAGAUGAUGCCAGGAAACUAAUUUUACCAGCUGGGAUAUCAGACUCCAUUGAGCAAUUUUGUCAGGAAGUAAAGACAAAUUUUGGAGUGCAACAGGAUUUUCGUCUUCAAUCUCAAGAUCCUGAUUUUGGAAAUGAGUUCGUAAAUCUGACUGCGAUCUCUGAAAUUAAUAAUAAAGCAACUUUAAAGGUUGUAUACUUGGAUAGUGUGCAGUUGCAAAGUUUUACAGAAGAUGAGGGAGUGACGUGUCAACCAGUGCGAAGUCCAACACAUUCCUUUUCAAGCUCUUCAGCAGACACAGACAAUACAAGGCCCGUUUCAUCGUCCGGUUCAUCACCGUCUACAAGACUGUCAGUGUGGCCAAGUGUCUUCACAGUCCCUCGUUUCAGCUAUGAGGCUGAACUGCAACUUGAAAAGGCCAAUGCUGAGUUCAUUGCUGGUGGAACUCAUUUGACCCCCUCACCAAAACUGAAAUCCCACCUUUUAGAAAGGCUGGGUGAAGAAAUAAUAACAUUUAAAGUCUAUCCAACUGACAAUGACCUGAAUGAAGUUGCAGAAGCCCUUGUCAAACAGCAUCCUUGUCUGAGGGAGCAGGGAUCCUUCAAUGGCUGUUAUGGUUGGAAAAUUAGCCUCAAGUAUAAAAUGGCCAAUGUCCGGACCAAACUGAGAGGCCUAGGCUGUGCUGAGGUGUUGGUAAAUUCACUAAAGAACAAGGCCCAAGACAAAAGUCAGGCAGCAUUGAAUAUGAAAAAGCCUAGAAGAGCAGAAGUCAAUUACUGUCCGCAGUAUCCAAAAGGAGAAACUACUGACAGCCUGGAAAAAGAGAGAAUUGCACUGCUUUCAGAGGUUCAGAAGAGAAACAAUGACAAUAUAGUGACAAUGAAAAUGCAGAAGACUUUUUCGUACAGAAGGCAAGAAGUUAUUCAAGGACAGCCCUUCAUUGCAGAUUUUAAAAGCAGAUGGCCAGCUCUGUUCACCGAGAAAGAGAUUGACAAGGAAUUCCUGCGCAUAUCGACAGUACCGCUGCUAUCUAGAUUCUUUUAUGAGCUAGACUUGUACACUCCACGCAUGAUGGAGCUCUUUCGAGGCAAAGGUGGGGUGGAUGGCAGAAAAAUGAGACACAUCAUGGUGGCCAUCUCCAAGGAUGAGACAAUACAUACAAGGCGAGCAUGCAUCCUGAAGUCCUUGUGUGUCUACCUGAAUGAAGACCAUGAGAAACUUGUGAAGGAAUAUACGAACACUGAGGCCAACACUGAAGCCAUGGAACAAACUGUGAUGGGAGUGUAUGUCAUACAUCAGGAGGGUGCGGAGCCUGGAGAUGACCCAGAGAACAUCGGUGUCCUGAUUGAAGGCGUUGAGGUUCUCACUGGUUUGAGGAGCAUUGCAAUUGCUUGUGCUCUGUUAUUUGGACUGAUAUACUGUCUGAACCUAAGCUACCCACCGGAGCUCAAAUGCACUUUUGAAGUCUUGCAAAAGAUUAUCAUGAAGCUGGAUGGGCAGAGGUUGUCAUCCAAGGCACAGUUCCUAAAAAACAAGCUAAUGGGGUGAAUGAGCUUGAAACAGACUCAGGCAUGCCAGACAUUUUUUUCAAGGUUUCUGCAAUGCAAAUAUGUGUUUACCGUUUAAAAUUGUAAGUUAUAAAAUGUUCAUAUAAACUAUGUGGUUUUCUCUGUGGCUAUUAGACAAAGAUUGUUCGUUCAUCACUUAAAGUCUUAUACACUUGAAGUGUAAACACGGAUUUUUGCCAGAUGGGCAAUUGUUACAAAGGCAAAUGCACACUGGUUUUCACAAAUUGUUUGAGUGGAGCAGUUAUACUCAAAAUUGAAUGUUUUCUCCACAUGUUAAAUAGCAUAAAGUCACUAUUAAUGGAUACAGCCUGAUUAAAUGGAGUACUAAUGUAUGCAAGCAACAUAGUAAUGUUGUAAUGUUAUAGUAAUGUUGAAUGUUAUGUCUGAGCUUUAAAUUGUGUUAAAAUACAUAUUGUUGUUUGCAAUGCAUAUUUUACUACAUUUUACAAAAGUUGAUUUAGGGAUAAUAUUUUUUGUCUGCAAACUAUUCAACUGACUUAUUUAAUUUUUAUUAUUAGGGUUAGGGUUAUUUUAUUGUAUUUUUUUGUUUCAGUCAGCAUGUCUUGCUCUGGAAGUUCUGUGGUCUUAGUAUGAGAUGGUUAAAGGGGAGAAAGCUAGGCUGAACUGGGAUCCUGCCAACUGUUUUAAGAAUGUUCAAGCAAAAUAAAA